UAUCGAAAUCACGAGAAAAUCGUUCUUAAACUAAUAAAUUGACAAAAUACCACGUUUUUCUAUUAUCUCUUCUUCGUAACACGAUAAUAAUGUGUUCAUAGAUGUUCGAGUGAUCGUAUUGUUGUAGUGUUUAUGUUUGAAUUGUGAAUUAAGACAAUAAUGGCGAAUAAUCGUAUACCGUCGGGUCCUAACACGCCCGGGAGUCAACAGACUCCUACACAGCAAGGUAUCAAAAUCUUCAUUCAAAGGGAUUAUUCUGAGGGCACAGCGGUCAAGUUUCAGACUAGAUUUCCACCUGAAUUGGAAGACAGAAUAGAUAGACAAACAUUUGAAUUCACAAUGGAGAGAUUGAAUGAACAUUUUGAGAUGGCCGAAACAGCGGACUGUAGUACUUAUUGUGAAGGUUGCCUUGCUUGCCUCACAGCUUACUUUAUAUACAUUUGUACUGAGACCCACUAUGAAAAGCACUUAAGAAAAAUAUCAAAAUUCAUAGCAACACAGAACGAAAGGGUCUAUAAUCCACGUGGUAUACACAUAACGGACCCCAUACUAAGGGGUUUACGAGUAAUAGAGAUUACCAUUAUCGACGUACCAAACUGUCAGAGCCCAACCGGUAAUUCAACGAAUAAUCAAUUACGACACACUUGACCACCACACGAAAAUAGGGAGUUCUUCAUGUAACAAUUAAGAUAUUGGUUUUAAUACUGUGGUGCUUUGUUGUUAUUUGUUAUCAAUUUGACAAAUAUUUGACAAAUUCUGUUACGAGUAAGGGGUUUCACAUUAAUCACAUCAGGUUUGAAAGAAGGGAAGGUUACUUAAAUCCAAGAAAUAUCACAUAAAUAUGUGUAAUAAGAUAA